AUGUCGUCGACCGCUCUAAUCCACGACGACGACGCCCUCGAGCCCACGCUUCAAUCCAUCCUCGACCAGAAAACCCUGCGAUGGAUCUUCGUGGGCGGAAAAGGUGGUGUCGGUAAAACGACUACAUCCUGCUCUCUGGCCAUCCAGCUUUCAAAGGUCCGCAAGUCCGUCUUGCUCAUUUCCACGGACCCCGCACACAACCUCAGCGAUGCAUUUGGACAGAAAUUCGGCAAGGAGGCUCGUUUGGUUGACGGGUUCACGAAUUUGAGUGCUAUGGAAAUCGAUCCCAAUGGCAGCAUCCAGGAUUUGCUAGCUUCUGGUGGCGAGGCACAGGAUGAUCCGUUGGCCGGGCUCGGGAUGGGUGGCAUGAUGCAGGAUUUGGCCUUUAGCAUUCCUGGUGUGGACGAAGCCAUGUCAUUUGCGGAGGUUCUGAAACAGGUGAAAUCCCUGUCAUACGAGGUGAUUGUCUUCGACACAGCGCCUACCGGCCACACGCUUCGCUUCUUGCAAUUCCCGACCGUUCUCGAAAAGGCCUUGGCUAAGCUCUCGCAACUCUCUGGUCAAUUCGGGCCUAUGUUGAAUUCAAUCCUGGGAUCGCGAGGUGGAUUGCCAGGCGGCCAGAACCUGGACGAGCUAAUGCAGAAGAUGGAAUCGCUCCGUGAAACGAUUAGUGAAGUCAACACGCAGUUCAAAAAUGCCGAUAUGACUACCUUUGUCUGCGUGUGCAUUGCCGAGUUCUUGUCGUUGUAUGAAACGGAACGAAUGAUCCAGGAAUUGACCGGUUACUCAAUCGAUACACACUCCAUCGUUGUCAACCAGCUUUUGUUCCCCAAAAAGGACAAUCCCUGUGAGCAGUGCAAUGCGCGAAGGAAGAUGCAAAAGAAGUAUCUAGAGCAGAUUGAAGAGUUAUAUGAAGAUUUCAAUGUAGUGAGGAUGCCCUUGCUAGUGGAAGAGGUGCGAGGGAAGGAGAAAUUAGAGAAGUUUAGCGAGAUGCUGGUGAAGCCAUACGUUCCGCCAGAGUAA